CUUGUCCCAACAGCCUUAUACUUCAUAUAUCAUGACCUUAAUUGUAGAGGUAGAGCAUUAUAUUACAAGCACCUGGAGCGAGCACGAUAGACGCACACGAGUCACAUCGGCGCCAUGCUACUCCCAAUCUCCGACAACAUGUCCAUCGGAUUUAAGCCUUAACCGCGAAGGCUGUAGACUUAAACUACACGGCAAUGGAGGUACUCAAGCAGCUCAACCAAGCAAGACUCAUUCAGGCACCCAAUCGCUCUACUUCACCGAAUAGCACAGCAGCAACACAACCCCGACAAUGUCCAACCACAUCCACAACAUCGCCAUAGUCGGCGCCGGCGGCCGCUCAGGCACCCACAUCGUCUCCGCCCUCGUCUCGCACCCCCGAUACAACAACAACGACUCCCCCAACGCAAUCCGUCUCACAGCCCUCACCCGACCCAGCAGCGCCAACGCCCUGCCCCCAGGCCUCCACAAAAUCAAACAGAUCGACUACACCUCCCACUCCUCCCUCGUCUCCGCUUUGACAGGCCAGGAAGUGCUAAUCAUCACUCUGAACCAAGCCUCCGCUCCCGAUGCGCAAAAGCGACUAGUCGACGCCGCGGCCGAGGCGGGCGUGACGUUCAUCAUCCCUAAUGAGUGGGGUUACGACUAUGGGAACGAAGUUCUGGCUCGAGAGACAGGGUUGGGCGCGAGAUGGGGCGGGGCGAGGGCGUACAUCGAGGAGGUGAGUGAGAGGGUGUGUGGAGGGAAGAUGAAGUGGAUUGGCGUUGCUUGUGGAUUCUGGUACGAAUUCUCCCUCGCCGGCUCCCCAGCGCGCUACGGCUUCGACCUCCCCGCCCGUACCCUCACCCUCUUCGACGCCGGCGACACGAAAAUCCACACCUCCACUUUGGAGCAGGUGGGCCGCGGCGUCGCUGCUCUACUCUCCUUGCCUAUCCACGCACCACCGACACAAAACACUACCAACGGCAGCAAGCCCGGAUAUCUAGAAGCAUACGCCAACACCUCCAUCUCGAUAGCUUCCUUCCACUUGUCGCAGAGAGAUAUGCUCGCUUCCAUUCUGCGGGUGACGCACGACUCGGUGGAUGACUGGAAUCUCACGCAAGAAAGCAGUGCGGAGCGGUAUGCGCGCGCCGCUAAGAAAUGGGAAACGGAGGAGAAGAAUCCCGUGGAUUGGAUCACGAUGAUGUACACGCGCAUCUUCUUCCCCGAUGGCAGUGGAGAUCUCGGCCAAGAGUCAUUGAUGAACGACGUGCUGGGGCUACCAGCGGAAGACCUUGACGAGGCUACGAGGAGAGCGGUGGAGAUGGCGAGGACGGAGUAAGGCGG